UCGGUGCAGACGGAGUUUGGCUGAUACUUCUGUUUCGUUGGUGCUGCACGGGCAAUGUUGAAAGUGAAGCUGUGUUUCUACCUUUGAAUAAGACGACCUUUCGGAGAAAAGAAAAAAAAAUACUUUCUCAGGAGGGGAAGCACAAUUUACUUAUUUAUAAAUCAGCUCUUACAGGAUUUUUAAUAUCCACCUAUCGAAUGCUAGCAGCAGAGCGAGAAAUAGCUACGCAAUGGGCCCGUUACCACUGAUACUUCUAGUCUCAUUAACUGUAUUAAGUUCAGUCUUUGCAGAAGAGAGUGAAGAUGAGUAUACCUGGCACACACAAAAAGUACCACUAGUGUUGAAUAGGAGAACUGUUACCCUUAGUAACCCAGAGUUCAGAGCCGAAGCCAAAUUUGUGUUAAAUGGAACCUGUGGGAUUGAAUGCCAAAGCCGAUUGCCCCUGCCAAGUAUGUCUGACCUUGAGAACUUCCUUUCAUAUGAGACUGUUUAUGAGAAUGGCACUCGUACCUCCUCAGAAGUGUACUUCAGGGACUUUGAUCUGCAGACUGAGCAUGGGGUCAUCAAGGACACUCAUGCGCGCAGGAAAAGGCAAGUCUAUGGCGUGGACAGUCGCUUCACUAUAGCUGACAAGCAGUUUGUGACCAAUUUUCCGUUCUCUACAACUGUCAAAGUCUCCACGGGCUGCACAGGGAUCCUGGUGUCUCCAAAGCAUGUUCUGACUGCGGCCCACUGCAUCCACGAUGGAAAAGAUUACGUGAAAGGCGUGAAGAGGCUAAGGGUUGGGAUAUUGAGACUGAGGUCCAAACGUAAGGGGAGAAAGCGGAAAGGAUCCAAAAGGAAUCAGAGGAGCGCAGACAUCAAGCCUUCUUUCCAGUGGACAAGGGUAAAACGGACUCAGGUGCCAAAGGGAUGGUUCAAGGGUGUCUCAGACAAUGUGGCAAUGGAUUACGACUACGCAUUACUGGAGCUAAAACGAGCUCAAAAGCAAAAGUACAUGGAGAUUGGCAUCAUUCCCUCAGUGAAGAAACUCCCAGGAGGCCGGAUACACUUCUCUGGCUUUGACGACGACAGGCCUGAGCAGCUAGUGUACCGCUUCUGUAGUGUCUCCGACGAGUCCAGUGAUCUGCUCUACCAGUACUGUGACGCCCAGCCCGGAUCCAGUGGCUCUGGAGUCUACAUCCGCCUGAAGGAACCCGGGAAGAAGAAGUGGAAGAGAAAAAUCAUCGGGAUCUUUUCUGGUCACCAGUGGGUUGAUGUUAAUGGCGUUCAGCAGGAUUACAACGUGGCUGUCAGAAUAACCCCUCUGAAGUACGCCCAGAUCUGCUUCUGGGUGCAUGGAAAUGAUGCAGACUGUCGAGGUGGUUGAGGGAUUCAUAAAAUGACUUGACCAGCACCUGUUAUACUGUAUAUUUAAUCUUUUAAAUUGAUUGCCCUUCAAGAAAAAAAAAAAACACAAUAAUUUUAAUGUUAAAUGGGAAAACAUCCAAAGUAAACAAGAUAUAAAGGCUUGGGCCUUUUUUAUUUAUUUAAUGAUUGCUUUUGAUCUCUAAAAAACAAAAGAAAAAGCAAGAACUGCAGUUUUAAGAAAUAUCAAAAGCGAGAAUAUGGCCUUAAAACAAGGGUUCAGUCAUUAAAUCUGAGGUAUAAACAGCUUUAGGCUGCCUGCCAAUAUAGAAGCAUUUCUUUAAAUAUUGUCUGCUGCUUAAGAUGGAAUAGAGAGUUGCUCAUUGUUAUGUAUAAUCAGUAUUUGCUAUAAGUUAAAGGUGGCUUUUAAAAUGUGUCUGGUUUUCCUAUAGAGUACAAUGAAGUAGGAAUAAAAUAGGAUGAGUCUGUUAUGAUAUAGGUCAGAGAAAUUAAUCAUUUUGUUUGCAAAACUUGUUUGCAUAUGUGUUUUGGACAUGUUAUAGAGCUGACAAUGUGCAUGUGAUUUUUAGUUUACUGUUUUUAUUGAAGUUGAUGGAAAAAGAAUUUAUAUUUUUCAAAAUAAUUUCUUAAAUUUUGUAAUUUGUUUAAGACACGACCAAAUUUAUUUCAAAAUCAGCAAACAGCUUUAAGAAUAUAGUUUGCUCAAGCUAAAUCACCACAUUUGGUAUGUUUUGGUAAUGAAAAGGAUUGAAAUGUUUAUCGGUGCACAUACAAAUCAUGGUGCUUUUUCAUCUCUGUUAGGUUAAGAUGAAAUAUUAAUGGUGCUAAUUUAAUUUGUAAAGUUUUUGGAAACCUAUCAGAAUAUAUUAUUAAACAGAAUUGUAUCAAUGUAUUUAAAUGUGAUGGUAAAGUGAUGGGUUUAAGAAGUCAAUAAAGAAUUUUAAAUUGUGUUAUUUUAAUUUAAUAAAUGAAGGUUUCAAUGUU